AUGUCCGAAUCACCAGCACCUCUGGGGGGACCCAGUAAUCAUGCUUCUUCAGGUACAAGAACCGAUGCCAAUCUUCUCCGGCAAUUCGUGAUGGAAUAUCUUCAAUCUCACGGGUUCGACAAAGCGCUUGACAUGUUCCAAAAGGGAAUAGCCGAUCAAGGGGGAGUUGACGGUGAUAAAGAUGUGGUGAUAGCCGGAGAAGAUGAUGCAAUGGGUGAAGAUGGUGGUAGAAGAGGUUCAACUGGUGGAGGGAGAGAAGCUAUCUUUCGUGCACCCGGACCUGUUCCAUUGGAAUCGAAUGUAAAAAGGAAUAUACCUCAAGCUCAAGCUGUUUCAGCCUCUACGAUGUCAGAAAAUAUAACACCGGAGUUUGAAGCGCAAGCAAAAUACAUAAUAGAACAAUUACAAAAGAAAGUGGGAGCUUCUGCUCAAGGUCAAGACGGUGAAGAUAAUACGACUACUAAAGAGUUGAAGGAUGCUACUUUGAACCAGGAUUCUCUGUUGGACCCUUCAGAUAGAGUAGAAGGUUAUAAAAGCUUUAGAAGAUGGGUGGAUGGUGGAUUGGAUUUAUGGAAGCCCGAAUUGGAUAACCUCUCUUUCCCUCUUUUCGUUCACACUUUCCUCGAGCUCAUCGAGUUUAGCUUUUUGAAAACGGCCCGAGAGUUCUUCAAACAACACUCAGUACACCACCGUCCACUUCACCCUCAAGAUGUAUCCACCUUAUCUUCGAUAUCAACGAAGGAACACGUUCAUGCGAAUCCUUUUUGUCAACGGAUACUCACCGACAAGUAUAUCGUGCCGUUAUCAAGGAACGCAAAUGACCUUCUUUUACAAUGGUUGAGUGGAGCGGGAUUAGAUGAAGACUGGGAAGCUGGAUUACAUUCCGCUGCUGGACGAGCGAAAGAAGCCAUUAAAGGGAUUGUGUUCAAUCAUAUCAGUAUAACAGUCACCAACACUGGCGUCCCUUUGGACAAAAUCACCAUUGCGUCCAAAAGCGGUCUUAUCGCUUCUGCUCUUCCUGCAGCUAUGCCUAUAGAAGCAUUCAAUACUGCUACCACUCUUAAAUUAGGGCCUCCUCCAAUGACUGAGAAAUUAAAAGAACAAGUGGCUAGAACUCUUCACGAUGAAGACGUAUUACAACAGCCAAAUGGCAACACAUCUCCUUCAAAACCUGAUUCAUCGUUACCUAAUGGUCAUCCCAAUGGAAAUGGUAAUGGGGAUGUGGAUAUGACAUCUCCUUCUCAGGAUCAAAAUCCUACGCCGUCUGAGAAUCAAGAUAGACCCCGCUCACCAACUGUCACUGUACAAGAAAUGAAGCUGGAAUCGGAUCGAGAUCCAGAUCUCGUUAGUCCAGAGGAAAGCGAGACAUUACCACCGAUACCUGCUGUGUUCCGGAUACCAGAUUUGAAGAGAGAAGUGGAGGCUAUCAGAGAUAAGAGGAAGAUGAUUCGGCUAGGAACUCAAGCAAGUGACGUGAAAGCAGGAAGCAGUUCUACAACCGUAUUGCCCAGCGUGGUUGCUUUCACCUUGUUUGAUCAUGGAGAAAGUGCAUCAUCGGUGGAAUUCUCGAGAGACUCGUCUCUCAUGGCCGUAGGAUCGUCUGAAAGCUGCAUACGGCUGUGGAGUCUGAAGGGGGAAAAGCUUAAGAGGAAGUCGGUCGAUCCGACAGAUGGCACAUUGGUGGAAGAUGAAGGGCAACCCUUCCGUAAAUUGAUUGGUCACUCUGGACCCGUCUAUUCUCUAUCUUUCGAUCCAUUGUACGGUUCAGCUUCUGCACCUUCAACGCUACUAUCGUCUUCUCAAGAUGGUACCGUACGGCUGUGGUCUUUGGAUACGUACUCGAAUCUGGUGGUAUAUCGUGGACAUGGGAAAGAUCCGGUAUGGGAUGUCGAAUGGGGUCCGAUGGGUGUCUACUUUGCUACUGCUUCCAGGGAUAGAACGGCGAGAUUAUGGAGCUCCGAUAGGGUGACCCCCUUGAGGAUGUACACCGGGCAUCUAUCGGAUGUCAACUGUGUGCGAUUCCAUCCAAAUUCACUGUAUUUGGCUACAGGGUCAAAUGACUCUUCGUGUAGAUUGUGGGAUGUACAAAGAGGUGCAUGUGUAAGGUUGUUCAUGGGACAUACAGAUGCUGUAACGACGAUGGCUAUAAGUCCAGAUGGGAAAUUAUUGGCUAGUGCAGGUUUAGACUCGUCAAUCUGGUUAUGGGAUUUAGGAUCUUCGAGACCUAUAAAGAAGAUGUAUGGACAUCGAUCGUCUAUUGAAUCAUUAUCAUUUUCAGCAGAUUCAGCAGUAUUAGUUUCGGGUGGAUUAGACUCGACUGUUAGAUGUUGGGAUGUGAAGUCUUCCGGUGGAGAGAGAACAGUUGGCAGACAGACUGACACAGGUAUAUUUGGUAAUGCCGCUGGUGUUAGUGAUGGGAUCAGGAGAUUGAAUGGAGGUGGUGUAGAUGAACAAGGUAGUUUACCUAUGGGUCCAGGAAGAGGUGGAUGGGAGGAUGAACCGCAUACCUCCGACCUGUUGGCUACUUGGCCGACUAAACGUACACCGAUAUUGAAAACCCAUUACACGCCUAGGAACCUCUGUAUGGUAGCUGGAUCUUUCAUUCCUCCAAGUAAUACAGCGAGGGCAGUCAACAGAUAA